AUGUUAUGCUGUGGUUUGGGCAGUGGAAUAUUUCCAUCAUUACUUAGGGGAGAAGAGCUAGAUGGAUUCUACGCCUUUAACCCUAUAACUUCACUAUCGUACACAGAUCAGCUAUUAUCAAAAGUAGCAGAUAUGAGAAAUGUUGAAGAAAAUCACCAAGGUAAAUUACUACCUGAAGAAACCAAAUUCGCUAAAUUUGAAGAGGUGGAAGUUUUCAGGGCAAUUGCCCAAGAAUACUUCCCUGAAGAAAUUGAUGAAGAGACAGAAACUAUCCCUAGAGACCUUAAUACAGAAGAAAGCGAAUGGGAAGAUUAUGGCACUGAUAAAAAUGAAAUUUGGGAAUGUGAACUGGACGAAGAACUCACCACAAGUGAAGUAGAGCAUGAAAGCAUCAUUAUUCAAGAGCCAGAACAAAAGAUAGCGCCAAGUAUUGAAGAACAAUAUUGGAAGGAAGAUACGAAAUUAUUACAGGAAGAUGGAAAGAAAAAGAAAACUCCAAAUAUAGAUGGAAAGACCCAUACAGAUUGGUCAUUGUUAUCAAAAUGGAAUCUACGAAGAAUUGACACUAGAAAAUGCUUGAACAGCUCAAAGAAAUUGAGUAGUAACUGA